AAGCAAGCUGUCAAGAUGUAGUCGUAUAAUAAAACAUCAGUCGUGAGCUCGUUCCGAGCUCACCGUGGAUUAGUCUCGAUCAAUCAAUCGAUCGAGGAUACCACGUAAAACUCGUUGUCCCGUGUUAUUUUCAAUUCCGCAUCAUCAAAUUCUACAUGGUAUCAGAGCAAAACUCGAUCCUUUGUUAGGGUUUUGAGCUUCCGCAAGUUUUGUCUUUUGUCUCGUCGUCUUCGUCAAUCAGCAGCCACGGUGAAAGAAGUUGUUGGCUCCACCUACGACGCCAAUACCAGGUCGCCGUUGUUGCCCAUUCGUGGUCGUUCAUGGUCUCUCUCUAAAGGUCGUCGUCGCAUCCCGUCACAAUCGCUGAUUUCGGUCGGAUUCAGUUUCGUCCGCCUCGAUCUUCUCAUCAACACCAGUCAAGGCCGUCGUCAAUGGCCUCCACUCGCCGCCGUUCCACAUAUCAUCAUCGUCAUCCGCGUCCCGACGUCGUUGACUCAUCAUCGUCGCAGUCCUCAAUUGUAGCGGUUAAUUGCCGCUGAUAUCCCAGAUCCAUCCAAAAGAUCACCGCUGUCGAUUCGGAUGAGCAGUCCAGCUCUCCGUACGUCAGGUUGACCUAGGCGAAGUCCGUCCGCUGUGGGUCGCAACACUUUCCAGUCACAGCCGUUUGUCGGCUCAAUCAUCCCGGCGUUGCUACCAUCAUUCAUGGGUGUCGUCGUUCAGGAGAUGCCGAUGUUCAUUCCGGCCUCCAACUCUGUCUCCGUCGCCGUUGCUGUAAUCACCACCGACUCCAUCCUAGUAAAUUCCGAGCAACGACUUGAUCUUGUUCCACGGUUCUCGAUCUGGAUCUCGGGCGCCAUCGCCAUCAGUCUCCAAGUCAAUAGAUCCCGUCGUAGCCAUCGUCAUCAUCGUCGUCAACAGCAGCGCAAGCGACAUUGAUCCCAUUGUCCUCGCUCCUCGAUGUCGUCGCUAGCCUUGCCGGCGAGCCUCCCCCAUCAGUUUUGGCUGUCCGCUGCCGCCGAUCUCUGCUGCUGCCAACCGCUCAAUUUUUCACAGCGGUAGUAGAAAGAGAGCCACAGCUCGAAACCUCAAGGCCGUCUCUCCACAAUGGGCCUCCUAAGGUUCGGUUUCAUGAUUUGGGCCAGGUUGUUAACUAUUUGUUUGACUUCCACUCAGGCCCGCAAGUUUACAUAUUGGGAGAAGUUUACAUGAGGAGAGGGUUUUGGGUUGUCCGUCUGUUUCUAGAAUGAAGAAACCUUUCAUUGGUUCAUUCAAGUUUGGAGUUUUGGUUGGUGGGAGUUCACUGAGUCAACGAAAUUAUGAGUCAACAGAAGGUUUGGAUUCAGUUGUCAGUAAUUACAACAUGGGUUCAAAGUCAUCAUCAUCCGUUGAGAGGGGUUUCGAAAAGUAUCCUCACAGCUUGUCAUGUUCUCGUCAAAGGCAGCCACAGUUUGGAGUUUGUUCCGGCGUUACAGACGAGUCAUCUUCACAGUCUGGCAGUAAGUCAAUCUUUACCAACAUCAAAGUCAUGGCGUUGGAGUCAAUCGCGACAUGUCUUGGUCGUCCCUUCAAUAGCUAGUGUUGGGGAGAUAGAGCAGCUUCUGUCAACAAAUUUUUCCAGUCAUCCCGCGAGGUAGUCACGAUCAAAGAAGCGAUCGUCCCCUCCACGUUCAGCAUCGGUCAAUGUUGAGUCAUCAUCGUUCUAACUUUCAAGCUGGGCAUUCACAUUGUUCAUGCUCCAGCUUGAGGGGGAGAAUAGGGAAUCAACACAUGUAGGUCGACUAGUUCAGUAAUCAAGUCGACCGUGUGUAUCUAUCAAUCAUGUUGCUCGGGGAAGCACAGUCAGCAGUGCAGGUAGAAGUCUCCAAAGUUAGCAACGCAGUCAUCAGUCUUCAAUCUCAUCCAAGACGUCAAGGAAUUCCGCCAUGCUGAGUUCAUUGUCAAAGAACUGGGUCAAGCAUGGAGUAGGAUCAGUCUCAUCCACGACGUCAAGGAGUUUCGCCAAUGCUGAGUUCACUGUCAAAGAACUGGGUCAAGCAUGGAGUAGUUUCGUCAUUUGUCUACCUCUCCCACAAGUGAACAAAGUCACCGCCUGUUGGAUCGUCAUUGCCAGCAAGAGGUUGUUUGAGUGUUGUUCAGCUUCAAGCUCGACAUUAUUGUCAUUCAUGUCUUCGCUUGAGGGGGAGUGUUGAGGAUAUUAAUUACUUAGUCAAAAAGUAAUUAAUUCCUUGUCCUACAAGUCCCUAGUUUUCCUUGUUCAAGUAAAAGAAGGAAACUUGGUUGUCCUUAGGGUUUUAACCCUACGUCUAUCUCUAUAUAAGCUUAGCUACGAACAUGUCGUAAGCAAGCUGUCAAGAUGUAGUCGUAUAAUAAAACAUCAGUCGUGAGCUCGUUCCGAGCUCACCGUGGAUUAGUCUCGAUCAAUCAAUCGAUCGAGGAUACCACGUAAAACUCGUUGUCCCGUGUUAUUUUCAAUUCCGCAUCAUCAAAUUCUACAUCAAAUUCAUCACAUUGAGAUAGUAGAAGAGUGUACUUUACCAUUGCAGCAAAACAAACUUCUUGUUAUUUGAUUGAUAUGAAUUUUUAAAUCCUCAAUCGAAAUAGGUCUAUAAUUGAAAUCUUUUUCUCAACUAUCCUAUUCGAUUUCAUCCAGCAACCAUGAAUCCUAAAGCAAAGGCAUCUAUCACUAGACUUUCUCUUUAGUAGUCGUCUAAAUCUCUACUCGAUUUGAAAAGAGGACACACCUAGUUUCAAAUCGUUAACUCCCGACGUCUUAGUGAUUCCAUACCAUCACAAUCCAUAAAAUGUUAAAUCUCAUUAGGCUUGUAAUUCGAAUGAAGACAUUAAAGUUGA